AUGUCAUCUAUCGAGAAGGAAGCAAAGAAAGAAGCUUUCCGGAAAUACUUGGAAUCUACUGGAGUUCUUGAUGCUCUAACCAAAGUUCUUGUGGCACUAUACGAACAAAAUGAGAAACCAUCUUCAGCUCUUGAGUUUAUCCAGCAGAAAUUAGGUGGUCCUACCAUAGCUGAGCAUGAAAAGCUACAAGCUGAGUUAUCUGACCUGCAAAUAAGAUACAAUGAGCUUCUUGCCGCACACCAAGAACAAUGCCGGGAGCUGGAAGAACUGAAGAACUCUCAUUCUGGGCAGUCCACUGUACAGAAGAAGAAUGAUGAGAAUGAUGAGGGGACUUCCAAUGACACUCUUUGA